AUGUCAAAUUCCAGAUAUGCGCAAGUUGAGAAUGGGAACAAUCAACGGCUGGACGAGCUUGCUAACAAGCUCUCGACCUUUCGUCGAGUAAACGAGGAAAUUGGAAGCGAUGCCCGUGCCGACUCCUCAGUCAUGGACCAGCUUCAGAAUCAAUUCGGCUCGAUGAUGCUUAAACUUAAAAACUCGUCGUCCCGACUCACCAGGUCCAUGAGGGCCGGGAACAACAUAUGGAGAAUGAUUGGGUUAUCGCUUCUGAUUUUCUUCAUUAUAUACGCUCUAUUCAAGUUAUUUUAG